ACAGACAGACAGACAGACAGACAGACAGACAGACAGACAGGUGUAGAGACAGACAGACAGACAGGCAGGUCAGUGGCGGUGUGGAGAGGACCGGCUCUCUGGUGCUGGUCCUGCGGGGCUGAGGAUGGGGGCAGAGGGAACAGUUUCUCCGCUGAAGAACUUCCUGGCCGGGGGGGUCGCUGGAGCCUGUCUGCUGCUGGCCGGACACCCACUGGACACCAUCAAGGUGAGGCUGCAGACGCAACCCAAAGUAUCCUCAGCUCGGUAUGUGAUCUACUCAGGAACGUAUGACUGCUUCCGCAAGACCAUAUCCAAAGAGGGCGUCCUCGGCCUCUAUAGAGGGAUGGGGGCUCCCCUGGCGGGCGCGGCUCCCAUGAUGGCCAUCAGUUUCUUUGGGUUCGGCCUGGGUAAAAAGCUCCUGCAGACCGACCCUAACAAACCCCUAACGUACACUCAAAUAUUCCUGUCUGGCUGUCUGGCCGGCGUCUUCACCACAGUGAUUGUUGCUCCAGGAGAGAGGAUCAAAUGUUUACUGCAGGUGCAGGCUAGCCGAGGAGAGUCGAAGUACGCGGGUCCAGUGGACUGUGCGGUCCGGCUCUAUAAGGAGCAGGGGAUCCGCAGCCUCUACAAAGGGACUGUGCUGACUCUCAUCAGAGACGUGCCUUCUAACGGUCUGUACUUCUUGACAUACGAAUGCCUCAAAAACCUCAUGACACCUGAGGGUCAAGGUUCUCAGCUCAGCACUCCAAAGAUCCUCCUGGCUGGAGGCAUCGCAGGGAUAUUAAACUGGACGAUCGCUCUUCCUCCCGAUGUCCUCAAAUCCAACUUCCAGACCGCUGCAGAUGGGAAGUACAGAGGUAUAGUCGACGUCCUGAGAACGCUGCUCCGAGAAGAAGGACCCCGAGGUCUCUAUAAGGGGUUCAAUGCCGUCUUUCUACGAGCCUUCCCUGCCAACGCGGCCUGUUUUUUGGGGUUUGAGGUGGCUUUAAAGGGACUGAACAUCCUCGCACCCAGCUGGUGAAAUAACACAUAUAAGUGUUAUGACGAAUCUGUAACUGGCCACCAGUCUGAACCUGUCUGGACCAGUCUGGACCAGCCUCUCAUGGAAACCAGGACCUGUUUCUCUAAGACACAGACUUAUAGAAAUACGCUGAAAUGUGAAGAAUUAUUGUAUUCUUAAAAGUUAUUUACAUUACAUUUUACAAAUGAAUUCUCCUUUAUAAUCAAGAGUUUAAACUCACUUUUUGUGAGAAAUGUUACCAUGUAAACGCACAUUUAUGAAUGUAUUAUUUAUGAUAUUGCAUAAUUAUUAAUAUGUGUAUUUUUUGGGUGGAGGGGAUGUGAGCCUUUUUCUCACUUUUAUUCCUGAUGUUUGUCAAAUUUCAUGUCAUGAAUUUAGUGCCAGUUGAGAAUGGGUUUGAUAUGUUUUUAUUCUAAGAGCUAUGCCAAAGAAAAUAAUUUCUGAAUUAAUGUAUGCUGGCUGUUUGGCCUCGUUUUCGGAUAGAAGGGUUUAAAUAAAGUUUUGAAUUUUCCAUUUAAAUAGUGUGAGUGUCCACUGUUGACCCCGAGGCGUGAUUCUAAUGAAUUUGUCAUAAUAUGUUUGGUAAUAAAAAUAAUUGAUCAGGGGUGCUUUGCAUCAC